GGAAUUAAAAAAUGCGCUUAGCGUGCAAAUUUUUUAUUUUUUCGAAGUCACGGUGGCUUCAUUGAAUGCUAUUCAAUUCAAAGAUCGCAGUGGCAUGAAGAUUGUUCCAUAAAAUGAGUGGAAACGAACAGUUUGAUUAUGGGAAGGCUGUCUACGCAAACUGUGCCAAUUGUGGAGUUGUACAGAUUCCUUCUAGGGUGCAGUUUAUCAUUCUAUGCCCACUAUGUAACGGAGAUCUUAUUUCGAAUCCUUCCGACUCACACUCGCAAAGGAGAUGCACAGACAAUCGGGAGCAAAGCGUAAUUUUCCAAGAUAACGAAGAUACGGAGAACACACACCUGGUUCCUUUGAAUGAGGAAUCUGCCGAGUUGGACACGUUGUCUCUAGAACAUUUGAGCUUAUCGAGAGAUGAAAACGCUUCUGGUUUACCGCUACAGGAGCGCUCUGAAGCAAGUUUAAGUCAAGGAAAGGCAAACACGUACUCAAGUAAACUUUCUAAAACUCCAACUGAAGGAAAUGACGAAAACGGAAAAAACGACGUAUGCCAGACUUGUGGUAGGUGGUCUAUGUAACAAUUAUAGUAGAGAAAUCAAGUUAACAAGUACAAUUUGUCUGAAGAGUUAUAUUCUGCCUUAUCACUCCCUCUGAGCCGAUAAAAAUUUCAACUGACUUCCAUCAACACGGAUCAGACAUCUUUGCUCUUUCUGUUAUUUUAGAGGAGUUGAAGUGGACCCACGAAUGUCUGUCGUGCUUCAUAGCAGUAUUCAAGCGAGGAGUUCUCUCUGGAAAGAAUCGAAGCCAUAUCGUCUAUUUUAUUCCAGGGGAAAAAUUCGAUUUGGUAAGAUACCGAGUGUCUAGUUAAAAAAUUCCAGGUCUUCUCAAAACCUAAACGAAAAAGUUAACCCUCUUAACUCCCAAGAUCUGACUGUCAUUUCUCCCCUACAGCUGCUAUACAUUUCCUUUACAAUUAGUUCGGAUAAUUUGGUGUUAAUUGAAGACAACAACUUCCACAUCAUACGUUUGUGUAUUCUCGUAACCUUUUUGCUGGAUGAUGUACGGAUAUUACGUAGAGAAGUUACAUGUUAAUCACUUCUGGGAGUUAAAGGAGUAACGUGAGGUACAUUGCUUACUAAAUCCAAACUCGCACAGUUGCUUCUCGACACUCUACGACGCCUACAAUGGAGUACACUUAAUUACAUAAACGGGAAAUUAAUAAUACUGGUCAAGAGAACCUCACAAGAGUUAUCAGAUCACUAUUAAAUAUUGGGUUGAGAACUUGAAAAAAAAUUUGAUUCAAGAUAACGAAAACAUAAAUUGACACCAACCUUUUGGUGGUUAAUGCAUUUCAUAUAUGACAACACGUCUUUCGAUUUCCCAGGUGUACCACAAAAUCGCCCAAAAUGAAGCAGCUGCUUAUGAAGGAACUGAGAUCGCUGUGAUAGAUGAGAAAGGAUCCUUGUUCGCCUAUCAUCCUCAAAUGGCAAUCCAAAGUGAGGUAACAAUCAUCUCUGAAAUGGAUUGUGGCGAAUGUUUUGCCUUGGUCAGUCCUGCGGUAGGUAACACUUUUUCUCCUAAAAAAAUUUUCGGUCUGAGUUAUAAUAUUGCAUUCUAAUUUACUUUCUAGCAUAAAUUUGUUUGGAUACCCUGGUUAGUAGUAAGUGCUUAACUCCGCAUAGAGAGAUGCAGGUUUAUCCAGGGCCAGGGGUUGACAACCACAAUACAAUUUAAUAGUGGCUUACCCACUGUAAUUAACCUGCUCAGUGUUGGGUUUGACUCUACCAUAGAACCUACGGUAUACAACUCUUCUGAAAAUAGGUCGGCUGGGCACCCUGUUUGCAUUCUGCAAUCCGUAAGUGCAAGUUUGGCUGAAAAAUCUGGGAAUCGAUUCUUUUUUAAUAGCCAACCACCAUUGGCGUCCAACAUCUACUUGCAAAAAGUGAGGAGAGGUUAUUUCCUGGCGCUUGUGUCAAGCUGGUCACUACAUAUGUUGGAGAGCAAAACACUCUUCGUGAAGACAGAGUCAGGAUGGCACUGCUUAGUGGAAAAGCGAGACUGGUCAUUCUCAUUCCUACCAAGGUAUGGCUUUAGUACUAGUGAUGUCUUAAUAAUAAAACUUCUGUGUUCGUAUUGAUUGAAUCUCCCAUUCCUCUCUUCAUUCUCAACCUCGUUAUUAAAAAUUGCGAGUGCACUUACCAUUCCAAUUUGGCUUUACAUAACAAUAUUUUAUUCAAUUACUAUUAACAACUGUUUAUCAAUUAAUCAAUCAAUUGCUUUUAUUCAUGAUCUUCUUAGUAGUGUUUUCAGAGUUCCCUACUGACAGCGGUCUUGCGACUGGAGGCGUUACCUCUUAAGAUAGUCAGUUGUUUCAAGUUGUAAAUAACAAAAGAAACCAACAUAAAGAACCCAAUGAUUUUCAGUCAGCAAAACGUUUUUUAGAGUCUAAUACCCCAUUCACACCAGCAAAACAUGUUUUGUUAAACUAGUUUUCAUUGAAUGAAAAUUAUAAACAGAGCACUGAAAAACUUGAUUUUCCAUUGGAUUCAAGUACUUGCUAACUUGCAUUUCCAAUGUGCUACAUUCAAGUCAAAAAUAUUCGGUUAAAUAGUUUCUAAAAAAAAAAAAAAAAUUAAACUGUGUUUAACAAAACAACUUUUAAACAUGUUUAAGCUUUGGUGUGAAUGCGGCAUUAGAGAGAGCUUCUCUUCCUACAACACGUUGAAGUGCUAACUGCUGCUAGUACUGUUGGAUUAUGACAAUCCACGAGAGGUACUUCCUGGUUAACAAUCAUAUGAUUUUAACCUCCCACAAUCGCGUGUAAAACCCAGAAAGCACUAAUCAAUAAAGGUAACUUUCUGUAUUCUUAGGUUCAUCAUACGCCAACCGAUGGCCUUGAGAGUCAAAACUAUUCAGGUACAAAACUUAAAAUUUAAUUCACAAGUCCAGUUGGAAUUUUUGUGAUAUAAGAUUACCCUGUGGAGCUUUAGCUAGGUCUUAAUUACAAGUCAAGUAAGGUUCUGGUGUUUUGACUUGCCAAAUAUCAAGCACUUAGGUCAGGGAACAGAAAAGCUAAAUUGUUAUGUGGGAAUAUCAAGGUAGAUAGAUAGAUACUUUAGAUAGAUACAUACAUAGAUAGAUAGACAGUCGAACAGAUAGAUAGAUAGAUAGAGAGAUAGAUAAAUAGAUAGAUAUAUAUAUAUAUAUAUAUAUAUAUAUAGAUAGAUGGGUAGGUAGGUAGGUAGAUAGAUAAAUAGAUAGAUAGAUAGAUAGAUAGAUAGAUAGAUAGAUAGAUAGAUAGAUAGAUAGAUAGAUAGAUAGAUAGAUAGAUAGAUAGAUAGAUAGAUAGCUAGCUAGCUAGCUAGAGAGAUAGAUAGAAAGAAAGAAAAAUAGAUGGCAGGAUAGUUGUGUUUAUUUAAAAAAAAUUGUUCACUGAUCCUUUUCAUUUCGCAUUUCAAAGUUACGGGUAUGCCAAAACUGGACCGAGACGCCCUUCAAAGCUGUCACGUAGAUCUUAUUGCCAAUAUUGGGGACUUUACAUCGUUAUGUGCCUAUCUUUAUCAAUACAAUAUCUUGACGGCCGAUGAUAAGGCAUUUCUGCGAAGUUUUCCACGUCCAUCAGAUGGCAUCGAUCACUUGCUAAUGAUGAUACCCAGAAAAGGGAAUAUUUUAGACAUUUUCAUACGUAUCUUGCAGCAAUCACGAGAAAAUCAAGAAGCUGCCAAACGUUUAGUGUUGAAACGUCUACAGUUACACAGAAAGACAGAGAGUAAAUGA